GAAAAGUGUAAAGUGACGGUGUGAGUGAGGUAAACAUCCUCCCACUAACGCUUUUUCAAAUUUGUGAGGGAAAUCAGUCCGUGCGGAGCGCGAGCGCUUCCCACAAUGCACCCGCCGCUCAGCGGGAAACCAAAAUGGCGAGAUCAACCAAGCAAAGCCGCCGUGUACCAUAGUGUAAAAGUACUCCGUGAUUUUGAAAAUUCCCGCUAAAAAAAAACUCACUUCGGUUGUUAGCAGUUUAACCAAGCUCCUGAUUUUCGUCUUUGUUGUUGGUCUUUGUGUUCGUGAGACAUCGUAACCCGGGAAAGUGGCCGAAUGAGGCGCUGCAAAAGAUGAUCUCACUUAGAUUAGACUCAGGAAGUGCAGAUAACCUGGCUGCCCAUCAAAAGACACCUUCAAAUCGGCAACAGAAGUCACCAGUGCCCUUAUCGCAAUAUUCCUUGAAAGAUGGGCUGACCGUCACGGCCAAGAUUGCAAGCAAGUUUGAAGAAGGACAAGACGUCCUGGCUCGAUGGUCAGAUGGACUCUUUUACCUGGGGACUAUUACCAAGAUAGAUAAACUUAAGCACCGGUGCUUUGUGGUCUUUGAAGAUCAGUCUAAAUCCUGGGUUCUUUGGAAGGAUAUUCAGACAGUUGACAGACCACAGAGUCUCCAAGCUUACACAAACCGUAAGUUCCACAUCGAGCCAGGAGACGAGAAUAGGGAAGGUGACAGUGGAGGUGAGAUGCUCUGCUCUAUAUGCCAGAAUGAAUGCUCUGAGCCUCCCAAUGAAAUAGUCAUCUGUGACAAAUGUGGGCAAGGAUACCAUCAGCUGUGCCACGCUCCCGUAAUCGACUCAAGUGUCAUUGCGUCUGAUGACAAAUGGCUCUGCAGACAGUGCGUGUUUGCCACAACAACAAAGAGAGGUGGUGCUCUGAAGAAGGGCCCUAAUGCCAAAGCCCUACAGGAAAUGAAGCAGUCUCUGCCAUACGCCCUUGAAGACUUAGUGUGGGAUCAGGGCCACAAGACCAACGUCCAGCAAUGUUACUGCUACUGUGGAGGGCCUGGGGACUGGUAUCUGAAAAUGCUACAGUGUAAUAAAUGUAAGCAGUGGUUUCAUGAAGCCUGCAUCCAGUGUUUUCAGAAGCCAAUGCUCUAUGGAGACAGGUUCUAUCUAUUUAUUUGUUCAGUCUGUAACAGUGGACCAGAGUACCUCAAACGGCUGCCUUUGAGAUGGGUAGAUGUUGCACACCUAAGCCUCUAUAACCUGAGUGUAAUUCAUAAAAAGAAAUACUUUGACUCGGAGCUGGAACUGAUGGCUUACAUCAAUGAUAACUGGGACAGGCUACAGCUUGGCGAGCUUGCAGAGACCCCGAGAGCAGAACGAUAUGAAUGCAUCCUGGAAGCACUUAACAGCAACCUCAACAUGUUCAUGUCAGGAAAGGAGAUAAAGAAGAAGAAGCACCUGUUUGGAUUACGGAUUCGGUUCCCACCAGGCCCCCAGAGCUCUGAGCUCCCAUCAGAUCGAGAACAGGAAAAAGCCUCUCAUGAGAUUAAGAUCAAAGGCAGGAAGGCCACCAAACCAUCUCAUUCAUCAAGCACCGUCACUAAUGGAGUGGUGAAGAAAGGGAAGAGGAAACACCGCACACACUCCUUAGAGACGCUGGCCAAAUUAAGAAGGUCAAGUGAAAUUUUGGCACAGGCUGAUUUAAAGUUUCCAACUGUAGACAACGGCUCACUCGACCUGAUGACUUCACAAAGUAUCAAAACCGAAACAUUUUUGCCUUCAUCAAGUACCUCAGAUGUUGAAUCCCUUGGUGCCACCAGCACCAGUGAAUCUACCUCAACCAUCUUAAAGCAGUCCAGCUCGGGCAGUCCUAGCGGACCAUACACUGGAUGCCCCUGGCCCACUGUAACGCAGCCCCCAAUUAAAAGACGCAGAGGGCGGCCGCGACGAGAGCCGCAGCACCCCAAUCCCGAGAUCCCUGCACCGUGCAACCAACCAGAGCCGCAACCCAGCAACAAUCUCCCUGAAUCCAGCCCAGUCCCCUCUUGCCUCUACGGUGGCAUGGACAUUAUGCAGGACCUGGACUCCGACACCCAGCUUAGCCACCUCAAAAGUUCCAUUACCACUUACUUUGGAGCUGCAGGCCGUCUGGCCUGCGGGGAGAAGUAUCGUGUACUGGCCCGCAGAGUCACUAAUGAUGGCAAAGUACAGUACUUGGUGGAGUGGGAGGGGGUUACUGCCUCCUGAGCUUGUUACGGGUGUGGUCACAUACAGUGUACCUCUGGUGAUGUAGUGGCUUCAGUUGUGUACUUUGUUUUGUAACUCGUAUGAAAGCAGUGUUCCUGUUACAGAAUGUACAUGGUUGACUAAGAUAUUUCAGUGGCCUCAGGACUGUCUCAGAGAUUAAGAUAUAAGAGAUGUCUCUGUAAAUUCAAAUGGACUGCCUUCGCACAGACUGGAUGGACACGUUAGAGGCGCUUCAGGUUGAAGACAUCAUCACUUCAUUACUCUGUGAACAUAACCUGAGUCUUUGCUUUUUUGCCUCUGAUGUGCAGGUGCCUUAAAGGGUUGUGAAACAGAUAAAAAAUAUAUAAAUAUAUGCUGCUGGAGACAAAUGUUUUCUCAUAGCUCAAAUUGCCAAGAACAAAGAGCGCUAUUGUCAGUAGGGCACUUUUAUUUCGAUUGAUUGCACAUACGCUCUCACCCUAGACAUCCAGUUUCAUCUCAGUUUAUAUGACCUAGUGUAUAUAAAAACUGACCUUAAAAAUGGUUAACUCUUCUUCUGCCACAGUGCGUGAAGUUACAAGUAUUGACAGCAUUAAUAUCAUCAUCAGGUAUUGGCUUCUGUGAGAAAUUAUUCACACAUAUGUAAAGUUGGCUAAUGUAAAGAAGUUUUUGUUUACAGUUUUUGAUUUCUUCUCCUGAAGUAUAGUUUGUGUUUGUUAAAACGAUAUAACAGAGCGCAGCAGCAUUAGGUCUCCAUACCUCCCCAGAGCCCGCCCCAAAAUACUUUUUAGCUGUUAAUAUCUGCCUUGAGACUAAGUUCUAAGCUUUUUUUUGUUCCGAGCCAAUUUAGUUUAUUUUCCUCAGUUCAACAGAAUUUUAAAGCAGAUUAAUAUUUUUGUUAUUCUAUGCAACUAAUUCAUUGGAACUGUGUAUUGCAACUUCAGCUUCACCUCAAAAUAAGAAAACGGCAGCAAUAUUUUUGUUACAAUUGACUCAGGCUUUUUAACUGUGGUGCUAUUUAUUGCUUUCAAACAACAGUGUUAACUAACAAACUGUCUAUUCACAAGAGCACUCAGGAUAUUUUACACCUUCACUGUUAGGAUUUGAUACAAAAUAUUCAACAUUGAUACAAAAUGAGUUCCAUAAAAAUUUCAUAAGAUUUUUAAUUUUCAACUUUGUAUUUUGAUACAUUUCUAAAAUCGUUUGUUUUAUUUAUACUCAAGUUUAAUCGAGGUGGAAAACCUUUUUGUUUGUAUUUUGACCUGAGAAAUCCCUGUAUCCUAUAACAUUAACUACUUGCAAAGGUUGUAAGUUGCGUUUUGGACUUCAACAUUAUUACCUCCUCAUUUUGAUACAACGAUUUCUUAAAAAUAUUAAGCUCUUGUUAUGUGUAUGAAACAUUUUGGUUUUCAGCUGGUGUACAAGUGUUAGUAAAGCUUGCUUUGUAUUUUACUGGCUUUGAGCAGGCUCCUUUAGCCAAAGAAUAAAGAUCUCAAACCUU